UGUCGACCGUCAGAAAAUCUGUCAAGUGUCAAACUAAUAUCGAUCGGUAUCUGCUAUUUUUAUUUACAAACUCAGAAAGCAAUAUUUCCAAACUCUGUGUUUUCUUCAUUGAGUUCUCAAAGUGCUUAAAUACAAAAUACUUUUACUCUUGAAACGAAGUAAAUCAUGUUAGACACACAGUUUUCCUUAUCCUGGGAACAACACAUGAAUAACAUACGUGAUGGUCUAAGUAAUUUCCAAAAGAGUGGUGAAUUUGUGGACAUGACACUAGCAGUUGAUGGAUGCUUUGUGAAGGUUCACCAAAUGAUCUUGUCUCUGUUCAGCCCAUACAUCAAAAAUAUUAUAUUGUCCUUAAAAUGUUCACAUCCUGUCAUUUUUCUCAGUAAUAUAUCACACCAGACUCUAUGCUCAAUAUUGGAUUAUGUGUAUAGAGGUGAGGUACAGGUGUCUAAAGAACAGUUGGAGGAUCUGAUUCAGGCUGGGAAACAACUACAAAUUGAAGGUCUUCAGUAUAUUAUGUGUCUUAAUAAUAUGUCUUCGAAUGAGGUAUCAACACAAACUGAAUGCUCAAACACAGCAACAAUAAUACCGGAUUUUAAACAAGCUGGCUCACAAGAAAAAGCGGAACCGGAAGCAAACAAAAUGGACACAGACAAUGAUACACAGAAGAAAGACAAGUACUCAUUGGAGAUGCAAAUGUUGCCAACCGAAGGAACAAGUUAUACAAAUAAUAAUGAAGAUAACAACAUCACUUGUGCACAGAGCCGAACAAAAGAGAAAUUUGCUAUUGACAGUGAUAAUUGUAGUAAAAGUACAAAUAACAAAGUUGCAUCAACGCCGUUCUUUACGACAUCCAAUCGGGGCUCUCUGCAGCUAGUGGUGGGAAAGUACAUGUACUACCUCAGCUACUACAGCACGACUUCCACGGACCACUGCCAGUGGAAGUGCUUUAACUUUGCCACCACCAACUGCCCUUCCUUCGUCAUUACUGAAAACAACAGGAUUAUAAAGCAGCUAUCAACUCACUCUCACCUACCUCACGAUUUGAAAAUCGCAAGGAAAAUCAAAUCAGGCGAACUAUAUCCGAACAAAGAAGGUGCCGAAUUCAGCAAGAUAAAGAAAAAGCAAAGUUGCCAGCGUCUUUCAGGUAACGACCCCACUUUGAAGGGACAUUUAUCUCCACAGGAAAGUGAUAAAUUAAAAGGGAAGAAUAGUAUUGAAACACACCUAAGAGAAUCCCAGAUUUUAUCAACAUAAUCAUUUUGAAAAAUUUAAAAUUCUGACUGCACACGAAAUUAUUCGCAUCAAAAUAAAUCAGAAGGAACUUCAGGAAAAACUAUUCAGUAAAAUAUUCAGCCUAUUUCUUAAUGUGUGACAAAGGAUAUCGAAUUACUGUUUUUUGUAUUUUGAAACAAACUAUUUAUUAUUUAUUAAGUAAAGAUAUAAGAAAUAGUUAAGUAAAAAUUCUCGAAUUACCUAAAGGCUAUGCCAAUUGGGACUGGCAGCCUAAAUCGUGAUAUACAUAGAUAAUACAUAUAUAAUAUGAUCUCGAAAUAUCAAUGUUAGAAGAGUGGAGAUUAAGAAUUUUCUAAAAACUACAGAUAAUGUAUAGAAGGUUAUUCUGCACGAUUCCACGUCGCUGAGUAUAAAAAGGGGAUCUUGAGAAGACCAAGAAGAGUACUUCAAAGUACGAAAAAAAGUGCAUGUGUAAAAUUGCGAGACUGAAUUGUGUAGACUGUUUGUGUAACAGAGUUUCUGGCCAGUAUAACGUUUACGUGCUAAAGGUACAAACUCUAAGCAUC